GGGGUUAUUACUAGGAGGUAAAUGUUACACAGAGUCCCCUUGUCCCAAUUGAAAGUCCCUUAAUCACGUUCUGUACUUUGUAUUGCCCCUUAUUAUUUUUUUCCUUUUUUUACCCCUCGUCAUCCUUUCAUUCCUUCUCGUCAGCAAGAGGCCUCACAAACGCCCAUAUAAAAGAAUUCGCUCAGACGUCUGACCGAUAUUCUUUUUUCUAAUCCUCUUAGUCUUCUUCUGUGCAAUACGAACAAAACUACGUCGUUGUGUCAUCAUCAGUGUGAUAUUUCAGAUCCUAGAGAACUUACUUGGCGCCAAAUAUGUCCAGCCAAGACUACUACGGCGGCGGCAGCGGUGGUGGUGGCUAUCCACCACACCAGAACCAAUACUCUCCUCAAAGCUACAAUCCUCAACACCAACAAUACCCAGGCCAAGGUCCUCCUCCAAACCAGUACCCGUCUCAAGGAUGGACACCCGACAACAACCAGUACGGUGGCCAACAAUACGGCGCACCGCCUCCGUCGCAUACGCCUAAUUCAUACGGGUCACCACCACCUCCGGGCCAGUACUCGCCGUAUCCGCCGCAACAACAUCAACAACAACAACACUACGGUGCACCCCCGCCACACGGGAGCGCUUCCCCUUACCCCGGCGGCCCACCGCCAUACGAUGAUCGCUCGGGCUCGGCACAAGGCCAAGGUUACCCGCCGCAGGGAUACCCGAACCAGUAUCCCCCGACUGCGGGCCAAUACCCUCCUCAUCAACAACAACAACAACAACAACAACAACAACAACCGCACCAGCAACAUCAGCAAUACCCACCCGGGCAACAGGGCGGCGACUACCAGCACGACCCCAACACCGGCGAUAGGGGACUCGGGUCGUUAGUAGGAGGCGUACUUGGAGGAAAACACGGCGGCGGCACCCCGCUAGCAGCGAUAGGCGCAGCAGCCGCCGCGCAUUACCUAGGCGGUUCCUCUCAAGGGCACGGAGGGGGUCACGGAGGGGGUUACAGUGGCGGACACGGAGGAGGAAGCGGGGGUCUAGGUAUGGCCUCGGCAUUCGCUCCAGCUGCAGCGCUGGCCUAUGCCGGUAACAAGAUGCACAAGAAGGACAAGAAACAUAAGAAGGACAAGAAGAAGCACAAGAGCCACAGCCGGAGCAGCAGUUCGAGCAGCGGUAGCAGUCGAAGCAGCUAGGAGGCACGAAGGAAACUUUAGGACGGAUGGAUUGGGUAGGAAGUACGAUUUUGUAGGUAGGUUAGGUAGGUACCUGUUAUGGGUUGGACUUGAACUUCGGGAUAUAGGCUGUCUAGCAGAUUUUAUCGUCUUGUCGUGUCUUUCUUAUUCUGUUAAGCCAGCGAUCUCAAGUCAUGUUUUGGCUAUGAAUUGUACCAUGGGCCAUAUCAUUGCGCCCAACCCAAAAUCGUGUUAACGUUCUUUUCCUGGUCUGGCUAUUGCUUGUACCUCAGAAAGAAGGUUAUGCUAACAAUUCCUGCGUCAAUGCGGCCAUCGGUUAAUCUUACCUGGUAUGAGUGCAGGUGAAGUAAUACCCAAUGUCAAUCGGCAUACAUAGUAUCAAACUCUUACUCAACUAUUACUCGUCCGAAUGUGCCGACCAAACCAUCACAUAUUCAAAACAUCGUACAUCCACU